CCCCCCGGCCGGCCCCGGCCCCCCAGCUCGCGCUCGCGCCCCCUGGGCGGCUGGGUGGCAAGGGACCGAGCACCAGGCGGCGGGCGGCCGCGGGGCAUGAGGCGGGGGCGCGAUGUCGGUGCCGCUGCUCAAGAUCGGGGCCGUGCUGAGCACCAUGGCCAUGGUCACCAACUGGAUGUCGCAGACGCUGCCCUCGCUCGUGGGGCUCAACGGCACCGUGUCCCGCGCGGGCGCCUCCGAGAAAAUCCCCUGAGGUCCCGCAGCCUCCUGGGAGAAAACCAGCCAAUGACUGGAUGGCAGUCUGGUGCUCAGGAAACAAGGAUUCCCCAGACCUGUUGGCCGAAGCUGGCUCCAUUAGCCCUUACCCUCUUCCAAAGCCCAGAGGAAGGCUGGCAGCUGUACACCUCGGCCCAGGCUCCCGAUGGAAAAUGCAUCUGCACGGCCGUGAUCCCUGCGCAGAGCACCUGCUCCCGCGAUGGCCGGAGCCGGGAGCUGCGGCAGAUAAUGGAGAAGGUUCAGAACGUCUCCCAGUCCAUGGAGGUCCUUGAGUUGCGGACGUACCGUGACCUCCAGUACGUGCGAAGCAUGGAGACCCUCAUGCGGAGCCUGGAUGCGAGGCUCCGGGCGGCCGACGGGUCCCUCUCGGCCAAGAGCUUCCAGGAGAUGAAGGACAGGAUGACGGAGCUGUUGCCCCUGAGCUCGGUCCUGGAGCAGUACAAGGCGGACAUGAGGACCGUUGCGCGCCUGCGGGAGGAGCUGAGGAAUCUCUCCGGCAGCCUUGCAGCCAUCCAGGAGGAGAUGGGCGCCUACGGGUACGGGGACCUACAGCAGCGGGUGAUGGCACUGGAGGCCCGGCUCCGCGCCUGUGCCCAGAAGCUGGGCUGUGGGAAGCUGACGGGGGUCAGUAACCCCAUCACCAUUCGGGCCAUGGGGUCCCGCUUCGGCUCCUGGAUGACUGACACGAUGGCCCCCAGUGCAGAUAGCCGGGUCUGGUACAUGGAUGGCUAUUACAAGGGCCGGCGGGUCCUGGAGUUCCGCACUCUGGGAGACUUCAUCAAAGGCCAGAACUUUAUCCAACACCUGCUGCCCCAGCCGUGGGCAGGCACGGGCCACGUGGUGUACAAUGGCUCCCUGUUCUACAACAAGUACCAGAGCAACGUGGUGGUCAAGUACCACUUCCGCUCGCGUUCUGUGCUGGUGCAGAGGAGCCUCCCUGGGGCCGGCUACAAUAACACCUUCCCCUACUCCUGGGGUGGCUUCUCGGACAUGGACUUCAUGGUGGACGAGAGUGGGCUCUGGGCCGUGUACACUACCAACCAGAACGCAGGCAACAUCGUGGUCAGCCGGCUGGACCCGCACACCCUCGAGGUCGUGCGGUCCUGGGACACCGGCUACCCCAAGCGCAGCGCCGGCGAGGCCUUCAUGAUCUGUGGCGUGCUCUACGUGACCAACUCCCACCUGGCCGGGGCCAAGGUCUACUUCGCCUACUUCACCAACACGUCCAGCUACGAGUACACAGACGUGCCCUUCCACAACCAGUACUCCCACAUCUCCAUGCUGGAUUACAACCCCCGCGAGCGGGCCCUCUACACCUGGAACAAUGGCCACCAGGUGCUCUACAAUGUCACCCUCUUCCACGUCAUCAGCACCGCUGGGGGCCCCUAGGGGCUGCCGUCGUCGCUCACACAGCCACACGAGGGCCACGGGAGCCCUUUCUACUCCACCUGUGUCCUUCCAAAUUUAUCUUUCUGUCUCUGUCCUGCCCCCUCUCUCUCUCUCCCUCUCCCCUCCUGUACUGUUUUUUCUCCCUCCACCUUUGCGCCCAGCUUUCAUUCUCUGCUUCUGUUAUUUGUCAGUGCGUUUUCUCAGUAUUGUCUCUUCUUUAUUGAUCUCUGAUUUUGAUACUUCGCUUUCUUUUUAUUGAGGCCUCUCUAUCUUUUGAUAGAUGUGACUCUCCAGCUAUCUCUGCCUGUCUCUCUCCCUCCCUCCCUUCCCUCUUUGCGUCCCACUCAGUCCUCCUCUUCCUGGCUUCACGUCCCCUCCUCCCGACCCAAGGAGUUGAGUGCAUGGAUGUUUCUUAUUUUAUUUACACCUUUUCUUUCCGGGUUGCUGGAAUAAACGGGACCUUUGACAUUUGAUGCUUCAGCGGCUCUGUGUGUCUGGAAGGGGCAGAAGAGGCCAGGUGGAGGGUGAGCCUGGAGGCCCACCCCAGCUGGGUCCUCUUGUCCCAGGCCACAAGCUUUGUGAACAGGGGCAGGCGAGCCCAG